AUGAGUUUCUCAGAUUUACAGAGGGCUCGACAGCAACGACUGAAGCCCAGUCCUUCUCGUCCUGCCCAUGGAUCACCCGGAUGGUCCGAUGAACCCCAGCGGGCGUCCUCGGUGGUGGAUGUGCAAUCGUCGGGGGCGCUGUCACCAACUGAGGAUGUCAAGCUCAACGAAGCCAAUCUGGUGAAGAUCAAUCCUGGGAUGUUCAAAGAUCUUCCACCCAACGUAGAGAUACGUGCAGCCAAGAACGUUGGAAGGGGUCUGUACGUGUCCAGAAAUGCAGCGAUAGGAUCCGUGCUAUUCUCGGCGGCUCCACACGUUCAUUCCAUUUCGACGAAUUAUCUAUCAGCUUGUUGCACAUACUGCAGCAAUGAGUCAGAUCCGAGCAAACUCAAACGGUGUAGCGACUGUAAAGUCAUUUGGUACGAUAGUGCAUUUUGUCAAAAAAAUGAUUGGAAACUCCACAAAGAAGAAUGUCAAGCCAUCCGGAGGUGGAGAGCCUCGGCAAAUGACUCCGCGGAUGAAGAGCGCCCGGACUCUUUGCCUUUGCCCAACGACGCUGUACGGGGACUGGCCAGGUUACUUUGGCUGAUGGGGAAAGCAGGGUUAUUGAGCGCAUGGUCUCAAGAAGUGUUUCAAAUGCAAUCAAAUCGGACCAAAUUUUCGCCGACUUCUCCAGCUCAUAAGACCCUCACAAAUUUUGGUCAUGCACUGGCUGUCUACCUCGGCACUGAUGAAGAAGAGGCAUUUGGCUCAAGUGGGACCCUGAGGCGCUUCGGAAUUGAUUCUCCUCGCGAUUUUGUGGACAUCUUGUCAAAGUUCACAACGAACUCCGUGACGCUGACAACGCCGACGCUUUCUCCGAUCGGAGUAUUCGUAUCGCCACUCAUUGCGUUGAUCAAUCAUUCGUGCCGGCCGAACGCCGUUAUUGUAUUUCCGACGGAAUCGAGAUCAAACGCAGUUAAGAAGGCCGAGGUCAUCGCCCUUCGACCUAUUGCUCCUGGGGAACAGAUUCUUGCCUCUUACAUUGACAUUUCGCAACCUACACCCGUAAGAUUACGUGAAUUGAAAGAAGGUUACUUGUUCGAUUGCACCUGUGAAGCGUGCGUCGGGUACUUGAGCGAUUCGAGUCCCCCGGAUCCAAGGGAAAGCUUGCAUUGUUCCCGAUGCAACACACUCACAGGGUUUGCUUAUGGUAAUCGGUUAUUGAAGGGUGUCGUUUCGUGCGGAGCGUGUGGAACCAGUCUUGUCGUUGACUCAACCAAGUUUUAUGACGCUCUGGACGUCUCACACGAAGCUCUCCAGAAAGCGAGAAGAUUCGAGUUCUCAGACCCUCCGAAAGCUAUCAGGUACACUGCAAGUUCCCAAGCUGCCCUCGCACCAUACCCACUUCACAAGUCUUCGCACCCCCUCCUAGAACUCUCUCGACUUCACGUAGCUUUGCUAAUCCACGAGCUUGCAUCUCUCCCAGAACCCAAAUCUUUGAAAGAACAGGCAUCUCGUGAUACAAAAGUAGAUGAAACGUGUCGUGCGGCUGCUUGUGUUGUCAGCGGCGUUUGUGAUGACAGGGUGUUUGCGCUCGGACAUCCUGUUAGGGGUGUGGCGCUUGCUGAGUUGGGGAAAUUGCUUUGUGUGGAUGUCUCUCCUGAUAUGCCACCUUCGAGCUCGUCUGGAAGCGAAGACCAAGUUGAGGACAGUUCUGAAUUUGGGUCGGGUGAUAGCUGGUCACGGAUACCUAGGGGUAUAGACAGGAUUCAUCUAGCCGUUCAAGUCCUCACGCGUGCUCGGAAGGAACUUGAGAUUGGAUGCGGGAAGGAGGGCGGAGAUGUGGGUAAUGCUAUUUGGAAGAUGUUGGUUGAUUUGGGAAGGGAGGUUGGUGCAUGGAGGAGGGUUGAGCGAAGUGACGCGUUUCAGGCUCGUGUAAAUGCUGGAGGUGGGACAAUGGUGGAAUGA